AUGGAUCAGACAACAUCAAAAUCUUUGGGAUUACAGAGUGCAGAAGACUUGAAAAAUUUUAAUUUGGGUCAACCCCCAGAAGAUUGGUCUGGUUGGUUCUCGUACAUGGCUUUAAAGUUAGUUUUAUAUGUUGCCAAGAAUCCAUGGGAAUUUCUUACUUCAACACUGAUUAUCCUCACACCUCUAAUGCUAAUUUGUGCUUACUGUUCAUAUAAAUUGCCAAAGAAAUUAAACCUGCUAUCAACAAGUCGAGGAAACAAGUUAAAGUGGACUAAAUAUUUCAAGCAAAUCGUAUUAAUUUGA